AGUCUUCCCACCCUCUACGAUACGCCCUCAGUUACGGUACCUCUCCGGAGCAGGAUAAUUCAAGAUGGCCACCGAAUUGACCGUCCAGUCGGAGCGUGCUUUCCAGAAGCAGCCUCACAUCUUCUUGAACUCCAAGAUCAAGACCAAGAGCACCAGACCGGGCAAGGGCGGACGACGAUGGUACAAGGAUGUUGGUCUGGGUUUCCGUACCCCCAAGACCGCCAUUGAGGGCAGCUACAUCGACAAGAAGUGCCCCUUCACCGGUCUCGUCUCCAUCCGUGGCCGUAUCCUGACCGGCACCGUCGUUUCCACCAAGAUGCACCGAACCGUCAUCAUCCGAAGAGAGUACCUCCACUACAUCCCCAAGUACUCUCGUUACGAGAAGCGACACAAGAACCUCGCCGCCCACGUCUCUCCUGCUUUCCGUGUCGAGGAGGGUGACCAGGUUACCGUUGGCCAGUGCAGGCCUCUCAGCAAGACUAUCCGCUUCAACGUCCUGCGCGUUCUGCCCCGAACUGGCAAGGCGGUUAAGUCGUUCACCAAGUUCUAAAUUGGGUUUCUCUAACUGGCAUUUUUGGCGUGAUAAACAUCAGGGGGGAAAAUAAGUUAUCCCCGCUGGAGGGUCGGCAUGGGAAGUUGCUUUACAAAAUGAGUUGUAGACGCAAUCGUGAAUAUAAAAAGGAUUCAUGACCACGAUCUCGACGUCUCAGGGC